AUGGCCUCCAAUCCCUCCACCCCCGACACGGAAGUCGACGCCGAUACCGUCUUUGAUAGUCCCUCGCCCUCGCCCGCACCCUCGAGUCCAACCGCCGAUGCCACCCUGCCUGACGAACCCGCUGCCGAGCGCCCUCCUCCUCGAACUGCAUCCACUACCUCAGCCGCGACACCCAACAUGACGUCCUCCUCAACACCACUCGGAAACAUCAACGCUGCCAGGAAUCCCCGUCCCUCGAAUCCUCCCACCAUCUCCAGCCGAGGCAGCGGUCUCAAUGUCUCCCAAGACAUCCUUGCCAGGAUACAGGCAGUGCAUCUCGGCAGAAAGGGCGCUCCGCCGACCGGUCUGCCUGGAAGGGGGCCUGCGCCUCAGAGUCCUGGCCCAUCUCCCGACAGCCGUAACCCCAUGUCGCCGGGUCCUCACCCAGGAGGUGUACCCAGCAACUUCCGAAUGCCUGUGAGACCGCCAGCGACUAACUUUCAAUCGGCACCAGCAGUUCCUGGUCGUGGACCGCCCAAAUCUAUAGCAGAGAAGCGCGGCAUGAGGUUCCCAGGCGGACUCCCAGGCGGAUUGCCAGGCUCGUCUCCAGCUGCAGGCGGUGCUCCUCCCGCUGGCAAGAAGAAGCCCGGGUUGACCCUCUCGCAGAUGAACGGGGGACCCGAGCCCACUGAAGGCGCAGAACCGAAGAAGCAAGAAACUCACUUUGACAAAUUCUCUCAGUUCGUCGAUACCAAAACCGGCAGUCUCAAGUUUGCCGGCAAGGCAGUCCUCAACUCAGACGGUGUACAGUUCGCGAGCGGUACCUCCUUCAACAUCUCCCUGGACGAAGUUGAUACACUGGACGAGCUUGGCAAGGGAAACUACGGCACAGUAUACAAAGUUAGACAUAGCAGACCGCGAAUGCGGAAGCCAGGGCAGGGUCUGGCGGGUAACAAGGCUGCGCCAGGCUCGCCGUCGCGAAAGGAAUUUGGCGAAGAAGCGAGCCCAACCAGUGCGAAGCCAGCUGCGGGGACCGGCAUAGUCAUGGCAAUGAAGGAGGUGAGGCUCGAGUUGGACGACUCAAAGUUCGCUGCUAUCAUCAUGGAACUCGACGUCCUUCACCGCUGCGUAUCACCCUUCAUCGUCGACUUUUACGGUGCUUUCUUCCAGGAAGGUGCAGUGUACAUCUGUAUGGAAUUCAUGGACGGAGGCUCCAUAGACAAACUUUACGCCGACGGUGUGCCCGAGGGCGUCCUGCGCAAGAUCACCAUGGCCACGACUAUGGGUCUGAAGUCACUCAAGGAUGAUCACAACAUCAUUCACCGAGACGUGAAGCCUACCAACAUUCUCAUGAACACCAAGGGUGCGAUCAAGAUCUGUGAUUUUGGUGUUAGUGGAAAUCUCGUCGCGAGUAUUGCCAAGACCAACAUCGGGUGCCAAAGUUACAUGGCACCCGAGAGGAUAUCUUCAGGCGGCAUCGCGCAAGCAGGCGCCAACCCUGGAGGCGGCACAUACAGCGUACAAAGCGACAUCUGGAGUUUGGGCCUGACAAUCAUCGAGUGCGCUCUGGGGCGGUACCCAUACCCACCAGAGACGUACAACAACAUCUUCAGUCAGCUCAGCGCUAUUGUCGAUGGUGAGCCUCCGGAUCUGCCUGAGAGCGGAUACUCUGACGCGGCGCGCAACUUUGUACGCGGCUGCUUGAACAAGAUUCCCAACCUUCGACCAACAUAUGCCAUGCUACUUCAACAUGCAUGGCUUGCACCUCUCGCAAAGCCCGACACAAUCACAGAAGAAGACGAAGAGGAGGUUGAAGCCGCAGCUGAGGCUGAUGGUGGCGAAGCUGCCGGCGACCAGGGACCUGCUGAGGCGAUCGAGCCUGUAGAAGACCAAGAAGUCGCCGACUGGGUCAAGGCUGCCAUCGAGAAGAGGAGGAGCGGCAAGAUGAAGGGCGUCGAGAAGCCCGCAUUGCAUGCCGCACCUCUUGAUGCAGCGACACAGAGCCCGUCACCUAACGGUACAAACGGGCUAGAAGAGGCGGGCUCAGUAGAAGCCGCGGCAUAA